AUGACCGCAGAUCACGCCCGACUGCUCAAACUGCACGAUCGUCGCCGGCUCCUCCGGCUUCAAGGAAAGUCUCCCUCCGCCAAAACCGGCACAGAAAACGGCGCAGUUAGGGCGGGAACAGGGGAUUGGACGAUCAGUGCAAACGUGGGGAACAUAUCUCUGGCCGAAGGGACGGUGACGGAAGUGGGAGGCGGAGCGUUCUACCAGCUAGGAGGCAAUAUGGAGAUGACUAUAGCGGGCCUCUAUUGGGCGGAGGUGCAGCUCGGGCAGCCCGUGCAAAAGUUUAAGGUUCAGAUUGACACGGGCAGUGACGUCAUGUGGGUCACCUGCGCGCCCUGCCUCGCCUGUCCGGUCGCUUCCACAGUGGUCCUUUCCCCGCCGUACGACAUUACCAAGUCGUCAACAGCUCAGGUGGUUGAUUGCGGCACCUCCACCUGCUCGGCGCUGCAGCAAACCAGACGAACCCUCGGGCAGGGAUGCCUGGACAUCUUGUAUCCCAGCUCAGGGGACCCGCGGUGCUACUACGGCAUCCAGUACGCCGACAAGUCCAGCAGCACCGGCUACUUGGUUAAAGACCGGCUUACCUUCUCUACUUUGGGCGGUGAUCCCGCUUCUAUGGACUACCUGUUUGGCUGUGGGUUCCAGCAGUCAGGCAACCUGGUAUCGGGCAAUCAUCUAGUCGAUGGAGUGAUGGGGCUCAACAUGGGGGCGCUCUCCAUGCUCACUCAGAUGCAGGUGGCACGCAAGACCAACGGCGUGUUUGCGCACUGUCUAGGGGGCGAGGAGCUCGGUGGUGGGAGUCUCAUUUUCGGCACAGUUCUGGAGGAUGGGCUGCUGUACACGAGUCUACUGGACGAUAGAUCACAUUAUUAUGUCCAGUUGAACGGCAUCUCAGUGGGGGGGCAGCGCCUGCCAGGCAUCGACCAGUCGUCCUUCUCCUCGCAGCCGGACGUGUUUGGCGGCUCGGGCAGCCUGCAGGCGGGAGGGGUGAUCAUAGACAGCGGCACCACCCUCGCCAUGUUCCCCACUCCGAUUUACAACACGUGGCUGGACGCGGUUACUUCUCUCAUCACCUUGCCCCAAGUGGGCGCCACGUCAGACUUCCUCUGCUACGACUUUGGCUCCAACAAGUAUGAGGAACUUUCCAAGUACUUUCCGACGGUGACUCUGCAUUUCGAGGGGGCAGACAUGACCGUUGAACCCCCCGGCUAUGUCUUCCUGCACUCAAAUGGGGUGGUCAUGGCUGCGUGCAUAGGAUGGCAACCCAUGCUUGGAGGAGACUUUUCCAAGAUAACUGUCAUUGGAGACAUAGUCCUGCGCAACCAUCUCGUUGUGUAUGACACGGAUAACAUGAAGCUCGGAUGGGCUCCCUACGACUGUUCCGUGGGAACGAUCACAGCCGAUGGAGGGGAAUACAACGUCACCAUUAUUGUGGGAGCCAAUCUCUCCCCGCCGCCACCGGUCAAGUCGUCCGCCUCUGCGGCUCGGCGCCCCACUUUCAUGCUCUCGCUACUAGCGGCUGCGCUAGCAUCUGCAGUGCUUUUCCUCGGCGCUGGUGGAGAGGGCUCUCUCUCGCUUCUCCGCAUCUCUCCGCCAAGCGUAUCCUCCGUCCCGCAAUUUUUUUCCCACAUGGAUGAGUCGGAUUUUCUUAAAGCCCUGGCGCUUUACCCAGUAGUUCGCUCGCGUGACUACAACGAAAACGAUCUCCCGGCCACCGCUGCUGCUGCUUCCUCCCACGCAUCUGAAUCCCAGCGCGGUAAUCCCAAGCAAGUCAGUUUACUUGCAGAGGGAGUUUCCGGGCAGCAACCCGAGACAGGUGAAGCGAAUCUAGGGCUUGGGGGAACGGCUCCUACUCCUUCUAGGUCGUUUUGGGAAGUGCUGCAGGAGCGAGUGGCGGCGCACUUGCCGCCGGGAGAUGCGGUGGCGCUUUGCAACGCGUUGAAAGAGUUUCACGAGGAGCUUAUUCAGCAGAGAUUGUCGCUGGAUGACAUUAGGAGGAUUGCUAAGCAUGGGAAGCUGCUGGAAGUGAAGUGA